AGACUUGAUGUCUUUCUAUUUUUGCAUCAGUAAGAACAAUGUGGUUCAAAACCUUACUUCUUGUUUUAGGUUUCGGUACCCUAACAUAUUCUACAGAAGACCCAAUUAUUGAGUUACCGACUGGAAAAAUACAAGGCCGUCAACUAACUACUUAUGUAAAUAAAACUUACUAUACUUUCCGGAAAAUACCAUACGCAGCUCCACCAGUAGGAUCCCUUCGAUUUAAGGCGCCACAACCUGCUCAAAAAUGGGAUGGAAUUCUUAACACUACAUCUAUAGAUGUCAGCUGCCACCAAAUUCAAAUCAAUCAAGCUUCUGAUUCAGAAGAUUGUCUAUUUCUUAAUGUUCAUACACCAGAACUUCCUGAAAAUGAUCCAAAUGUAUCUUUUCCUGUUAUGCUGUACAUACACGGUGGUGGAUUUAUGCAAGGAUCUAGCAUAUUCGUACCACCAGAUCUGUUCGUAAAUCAGGGUGUCAUUCUAGUUAGCAUUAACUACCGUUUAGCUGCUUUUGGGUUUCUUUCAACUGAAGAUGAAGUAAUUCCGGGAAAUAAUGGCUUGAAGGAUCAGCGUCUUGCAAUACAAUGGACUCAUCAAAAUAUUCACUUAUUUGGGGGAAAUCCAGAAAAAAUAACAAUUUUUGGUGGAAGUGCAGGGUCGAGUUCUGUUGGUUAUCAACUACUUAAUCAAGAAUCAUCGGGACUUUUCGUAGGAGCAAUUUUGGAAAGUGGAAGUUUCUUAUCUCCUUGGGCGUUACAGAGGAAUGCUAGACAAACAGCAUUCCGCACAGCUGCAUUUCUGAAUUCAUCUUUUUCGACUGGUAAUGACUCCAUAGCCUUGUUGGAAUUCUUACAAGGUAUUAAAGCUGAGGACUUGGACGCAGCAUCCGAACAGUACUUUCUAGAAGUAAGCACCCUAUGGGAUUAUGACGCUCCGAAAGGCUAUCUUUAUGUACCUGUAAUAGAAGUAAAAAACCCUGAUGCUUUCAUCACGAAAAAAAUGUAUGGACUUUUGAAAGCCGGGAACAUAAUAAAAGUGCCAACUAUAAUAGGUUUCAAUUCUGAGGAAAGUCUGACCAUUCACCAAGAUCCCAGUGUAUUUCAGUCGGUGUUGGAGGCAUGGGAUGCAAACUUAGAUUUGAUAGUUCCCACCGACAUGCAAAUUACUGACCCCGAAAAAUAUUCAGAAAUGGCACUUUCAGUUAGAAAUAUUUAUACGGAGGGUGAACCAUUUGCAAAUCGUCCAGGGGACGGCAUUAGAUAUGCUAGUGAUAACGGCUUCACUAGAUCUAUAUUAAAACAUGCCGAAUUAUAUUCUGCGUUUGCCGAAACUUACCUCUACCAGUUCUCGUAUGAUGGAAAAACUGGUAAUAUUUCUGUACACUACGAUGGUGCUGAAAGCGUCGGUCACGGCGAAGAAGCUAUGUACUAUUUGUGCAGUUUUGAAGGUUGCAAUUUCAGUAGAGUCUCAGACAGUGAUGGUAUUACAUCAGACCGACUGAUUAAGCUUUGGACUGAUUUUGCCAAAUUCCAAAAUCCCACACCAGAAAAAUCAGAACUGCUACAAAAUAUUAGUUGGCCUGCACUUUCGGUUUCAGGCGGAGAUUUUUUGUAUUUUGAUUUCAACGAAAAUUUGGAAAUUAAAAACCAUCCAAAAUCUGCAACUUUUGGUAAAUGGAAUGAACUCUAUGACAGUUUGGGUUACAGCGAUUUUGACACUUACUAAUGUACUGAACAAUGCAUGGAUGCGCACAUGUCAUAAAUUCAUGUAUCUUAAAAAGUUCUUAUAAAAAUAUCAUCCUACAUAA